CAUGGGUCCCCAUGGGGAGACAGAAUCUAGGCCCUGCAGCUCUAUUGUAUGUGGCAUUUGAUUGAGGGGUAGACGCCCAAUAUAAUACUCCAAUUCGAGCUGAAACUUGAAGCUGAAACUUGUUCACCGUUCUUUAUCUCUUUUCUGCAUCAUCGUCAUCAUGGACCCCAGCGACGAAAAGGCUGCCGCGACCGGAGUCGAGCACGCCGACCUUGCAUCCCGCGAGAACGACGUGACUGUUCAGCUCGCCCACGAUGCCGACGACACCGUCUACUCGCCAUGGUCGCCACGGAUGCUCCGCCUCUAUCUUGUCUUGUCGCUGAGUUAUCUCUGCGGCUGCCUCAACGGCUACGACGGCAGCUUGAUGGGCGGUCUGAAUGGCAUGAUAAGUUACCAAAAGUAUUUCAACAUGUGAGGGUUCUAUAAGGAUACUAGGGAGACUAGGCGGCUGCUGACAAGGACAUGUACAGGACCACGGCAGGGUCAGCCACGG